UUUAAAAUCUCUCCAAAAAAAAGUGAGAAAAUGGAAAGAGGAAUUCAUGAUACCAUGGAUGAUCUAAAGAAAAGUGAACCACGUCAUGCUACUAAAGAACCUAGUAGUGGAUCCAUAGCUCAUGAUCUUGAUUCCAACAACUAUAAUAUUUCUCCUCUUCUUAACACAAGUAGCCAACACAAACAAAAUCAAGAAGCAAAGAAGAGAAAAUCAUACUCACAUGCUUGUUCUAUUUCAUCAUCAUCAUUCCAUGCUACAACUUCAACAACACAUUCUUCAAAAUCUUCUUCUUCCACUUCUUCAAACAAACUUGUUGGUUUGAAAUAUUCUCAUCUUACUACAAAUGCAAUUUCACCUUCCAAGAAAAACCCUUCUCAUAGUAACAUUUUUAUUGAUCUUUACAAGAAAAUCAAAGCUUCAUUGUCAAAACCAAUAUCUGUUAUAAGAAGAAAAUGUUCUUGUUUUGAUAAAAAUUCUUUGCAAGUCAAAGAAAACACUUCAAAACCAAAAGCCUCAAGUUCAACUACAUUGCCAACACCUCAAAUUCAAGCUCUCCCACAAAAUGAAAUUACUAUAAAUGAUGUGAAUCAAGAAAAAACACCAAAAGACAAGUUGACAACAAAUGAUGAAGAUGAUGAUCAUGAUCAUGAAGAAGAAAAGGAAGAGGAGGUACGUGAUUCCUUGCAUGUUUUUCAACCAACAAGUUUACCAAAGUCAAAUGUAAAUGAUGAAGAUGUAGCUAGUGAUUCAAGUUCUGAUCUUUUUGAGAUAGAGGGCUUCUCCACACAAGCUACAACGCUGGAAUACCCAACAAAACCUAGCAUGAUAGAGUGCCAAGAGACCACCACCGCUACAAAUGUUUUAUGUGAUACUUAGAUGAUUUUGUUUUUUGUUUUUCACAAAUCAAUAGGGAAAAAUUAAUUCAUUGAA